AUGAGAAAGUGUAAAGUUUUCGUCGGAAACUCUCAUCCUAAACUAGGAAAAUUGGUCUGUGAGCGUCUCGGUAUAGAGCCUGCUCCAGUGUCGUUGAAGAAUUUUGCCAACGGUGAAACUUCGGUCCAAAUCGGCGUUUCCGUUAGGGAUGAAGAUGUGUAUAUUAUUCAGUCUGGGUCUUCCGAGACUAAUGAUCAUAUCAUGGAGCUUCUUAUCCUCAUUUCUGCCUGCAAGGGUGGAUCCGCAGCCAAGAUAACUGCUGUGAUACCAAGCUUUCCUUAUGCUAAGCAAUCCAAAAUGAAGAAGCAUAGGGGUGCUAUCACUGCCAGAAUGUUGGCUAAUUUGUUGAUUAUGGCUGGUGCUGACCACGUUGUCUCUAUGGACUUGCACGCUUCUCAAAUGCAAGGUUUCUUCAGCAAACCUGUUGACAAUUUGUAUGCAGGUCCAACCUUGGCCAAAUGGAUUCGUCACAAUAUUGAAAAUUACCAGGAUGCUGUUGUUGUUUCAAAGAAUCCUGGUGGGGCUAAAAGAGUCACCUCGUUGGCUGACAAUUUGAAGAUCAACUUUGCCAUGAUUCACACUGAUAGAGAGAGAAAUAAGGAAAGUUAUGGUCACUCCACUCAGCAUCAGCAGUCUGUUGUUAGCACCAGAGAAGAAGAUGGUCUUGCUGAGGAAGAAGACGUCAUCUGUUCUACCGAUGUGCAAACUGCAAGGAUUGUGAAGGGUCAUGUUCUUGAUGAAGAAGCUUCUGCUGAAGCUGCUGAAGCCUUUGCUAGGACUCCUUCUAAAUCUAGAAAAUCAUCUAUGGCUUCCAAAGCUAUUAGACCAAUUAUUGCUCAUAGGGAAUCCGAAAUUAACUAUGAUAAUAAUAAUUCCGAUGAUGAGGAUGAGCCUGAGUUUAAUGCCUCGGAAAAAGUUAUCACAUUAGUCGGUAAUGUUCAGGACAGAGCCGCUAUUAUCGUCGAUGACAUGAUUGACAAGCAUGCUGCAUUUAUAGCCGCUGCUGAGCAUCUUAGAAAGAACUGUGGUGCAAAGCAAUGCUAUAUUGUGGCUACACAUGGUAUUUUUUCAAAUGACUGCUUGGAGAGAUUAAACGGUUGUCCUUACAUUGAUGGUAUCAUUGUGACAAAUACCUACCCGAUACCCGAGGAAAAGAUCCAGAAAUGCAAGAAGUUGACAGUGAUAGAUGUUUCUCCAAUUUUUGCGGAGUGCAUCAGAAGGGAUCACUUUGGUGAGUCCAUAAGUGUCUUGUUUGAUUCCCUUGCAUCUGUGGUCUAA